AUGGGCGCCCUGCAGUGGUGGGACCAGCUGCAGGCUGGCAGCUCGGAGGUGGACUGGUGCAAGGACAACUACACCAUUGUGCCUGCUAUCGCCGAGUUCUACAACACGACCAGCAAUGUCUUAUUUUUCAUUUUACCGCCCAUCUGCAUGUGCUUGUUUCGUCAGUAUGCAACAUGCUUCAACAGCGGCAUCUACUUAAUCUGGACUCUUUUGGUUGUAGUGGGAAUUGGAUCCGUCUACUUCCAUGCAACCCUUAGUUUCCUGGGUCAGAUGCUUGAUGAACUUGCAGUCCUUUGGGUUCUGAUGUGUGCUUUGGCCAUGUGGUUCCCCAGAAGGUAUCUACCAAAGAUCUUUCGGAAUGACUGGGGUAGGUUCAAGGUGGUGGUCCGUGUCCUGUCUGCGGUUACGACGUGCCUGGCAUUUGUCAAGCCUGCCAUCAACAACAUCUCUCUGAUGACCCUGGGAGUUCCUUGCACUGCACUGCUCAUCGCAGAGCUAAAGAGGUGUGACAACAUGCGUGUGUUUAAGCUGGGCCUCUUCUCAGGCCCCUGGUGGACCCUGGCCCUGUUCUGCUGGAUCAGUGACCGAGCUUUCUGCGAGCUGCUGUCAUCCUUCAACUUCCCCUACCUGCACUGCAUGUGGCACAUCCGCAUCUGACUUGCUGCCUACCUGGGCUGUGUAUGCUUUGCCUACUUUGAUGCUGCCUCAGAGAUUCCUGAGCAAGGCCCUGUCAUCAAGUUCUGGCCCAGCGAGAAAUGGGCCUUCAUUGGUGUCCCCUAUGUGUCCCUCCUGUGUGCCAACAAGAAAUCAUCAGUCAAGAUCACACGAUGGCAAGAUGGUGGCUGGCUUCUCUGCUUAUCGCACCUCGUGCAGUGGGCUUCCUUUGCUAGGAAGACAGCCAAGGGAGUUCGAAUAGUUGGGGUGUGGGCUAUCUUUUCAAAAAUCUAUUUGCUGGGGCUCUUAAUUUCUUUAGUGUUCUUUGUAUGUAGGGAUUUAAACUUUGUCAUAUGGUAUAAAUAUUCCCUGCCCCGCCUGCAGUUUCCCAUUUGUCUUUCAGUAUGUUAA